UGUUCCGUCAUCCUGGGCACGAAAAAGCUGUUGGUCUUUUGGGGUCCAAUUUUCAAGAGAAAAUCAUGGCUGGCAAUAGAUUAAGAAUUCUCUGCUUGCAUGGCUAUGGUCAAAAUGCCAAUGUUUUUCAAGAAAAAUUAGGUGGCUUUCGAAGGUUUGUCAAACACCUUGCGAGUUUUAGCUUUCUGUCGGCUCCUCACCCCCUAGAUUCUCCCAUUAGCGUAGAAAAAGUCGAGGAACGAGCCUGGUGGCUAAAAAAGGAUGAGAACGAAAUGAUAAUUUACCGCGGAUUUGAAGAGAGUGUGUUAGCUAUAGAGAGACACGUGCAGAGCUGUGGCCCCUUCGAUGGCAUUCUGGGGUUCUCGCAGGGAGCAACAAUGGUAGGGUUGCUAUGCGGGUUGAAGCAGCAGAAAAAACUUAAUUUUGACUUCAAAUUUGCAAUUUUGUUUGCUGGCUUCUGCAGUCGUAGUCAAGCUCAUCAGGAAAUAUACAAAGAGCAGAUUAUUCUUCCUUCCCUUCAUGUAAUUGGCGAAACAGACCAAAUCAUUCCUAUAGAGGAAGGCGAGAGACUAACAGGACACUUCCUCAACCCCACCAUCCUCCGCCAUAAAGGGGGACACCAUGUACCGUCGUCUGGGCCGCAGAAGGACGUCUACAGGGACUCCUACAGGCAGUUCCUGGAGUCGUUUACUAGUAAUGAAAACGGUGAUAAGGAGUUAGAUGAAUAAGAUCAAAAGGAUGGUUUAGUAACCAUUGUACAAUUUAAAAGAUUUAUAUAAGAGAUUCUAUUUCAAUUUCUCUCAGGAAAGACUAGAAUUUAAAACUUUGUAUAAAAACUUUGGGAAAAGUAUCUUAUGACACAGUAUUUAGUUAAGCAAUGGUAUAUGCUGAUGGAUAUGUCUGUAUAUUUUGGUCAUGGACUUUGAAUUGGUAAGUGUCAAUUAUUAUUUUGAUAUUUAGAGGAGAUUAAAAAUUUCUUAUACAUUCAUAUAUAUUUCUUUGAGAAUACCAAUUUCACUUUAUGAAAAUCACCUUCGGUAAUAUAUCUAUACAUUUCCUAUAACUAGAAUACAAAUAUUUAAGUAAUUCUAAAAAUUACAUUUCACUUUGAUUUUCAUCAGACUUCUUAUCAUUAAAUACUUUAUUUUUUAUUAGCUUUUAAAAGUUGCUGAUUUUGACAUUGGGCAGGGGGGGUUUGCAUGAAGAUAAAUGUGAAUGAGUUCCUAGGAAGAAACAGUGUAUAAAAGAGCUUUAUAUAAUUUAUGAAAUACUGUACACAGUCAAUACUCAAAUCUGAAUACAGGUUAACAGGUUAGUGUUUUCUGUUUUCUGGGUUGUUUUUAGAGGAAAAAAGAGAAUGAGUAAAAAGAGGGAGAUAGAUAUAGUUAAAGAGUGAGUGAGUGAGUAGGUGAGUAAACAUAUGAGUGAAUGAUUGAGCAAAAUGUGCGUUCAUGUGGGUGUGGGUGGAUGAGUGGGUACAUGAAGGCUUGCAUACAUAAGCAUGUAUGUGCAUACAUCUCUGCAUUACCAAAUGGAGAAAAUUCAAUUUUUUUUUCUAAUUCAGCACUAAUUCAUAUGUUUUUUGUUAUCAUUAUUAUAAUUAUUAUUUUGAAGUAUGGAAGUUUGCCAAUGUUCUUUAUAUGAUUACUGAUAGUACCUAUAUUUAUAAUUUUUUCUUUUUCUCAUUUUGAACGUUGUCUCCAGGACACUAACUGCAAUUGAUAAAGCAUUGUUCUAAAAAACUCAUUUGUGCUUAAGAAGUCAAAUAACCAAAAAAUAUUCACAAAAUAUAUUGAUAGGUAAAAUUACUGAUGAAAGUGAAAUAUACGAAUUACAGUUUACAUAUAAUUAUGUUGUAGGGUAAGCCGAAGUAGUUUAAUCAAUAUCGUGUUAUAAUUCCAAAGAGAAAAUGUGAUGGUAGGAUGCAGAAAGAGUAUAUUUUGACAGGUUUUGACCGUAUUUGACUGCUGCUUUUAGUGGUAACAAGGCUGUGGCUGAAGAGAGGUGACAAUCGUAUCCUAAGCGUUAAACCAUACAGAGUCUAAAUAUAACUAGGGGCGAGUUAAAACCAAGGGCAUAAUGUGUAUUUUUGGUAUGUGGAUUCACCCUUGCUUAGGAGUAGUUUUUCUAUAUGUAUAUACAUAUGAUUAUGUAUAUAUGUAGAAUAUAUAUAUACAUGUGAAAGUAUGAAUAAACUUCAUGUAUAAUUUCCCAUGUAAAUAUUGUUUUAUGAGGCUUACACUUUGUAGAUGUUAGAGCAAUCAGAAAGGAUUUCGUGCUACUUAUUAAUAUAAUUGUGAAUUCAGUUUAGUAGUAAUAGGGGAUACAAAGAAAUGAUUCUACAUAUAAAAAAAAUCAUUAACAUAAAAUCCCAUACUAUAUAUACUGCCAAAAAAAAACUUUGUAAUCAUACAUGCACUAAGUUUGCACUGUUACUGAUAUGAUUGCCAAGAUACUUAUAGUUCUGAUUCCAAAACAUGAUGACAUUACUUUUAGAGAAGCUUUACACAAGCAGUGUUUGAGAUUUUCAUUAUAACUCAGAAUGAAGUAUAAAUGGAUCAGAAAAUAAGACAGAGCAGUACAAUUGUUUCUCUUUCUGUCGUGAACUGUAGCUUCAAUUUGAUAUAUUUGCCUCACGCACACCAGAGGACAUGUAUUCACGCAAAUUCUUACACAAAGGUUACACAUCCCGGUUUCCCUUUGCUUUUCAUGUACUUUUUUCAUUCCAUUUCAUGUGAACAAUGUAAACGUAUAUAAAUGUUAUUUUUCAUUUAAUUUUAAGAGCAAUGACUACUACUACUACUACUACUACUACGACUACUACUACUAUGACAACUACUGACU